AGCUAAUCUCAAUCAAAUAAACAGUUACCCGGGUCUGUAAGGUGUGGCGCUAGGACCCAUUGCCGAUUUCUUCACCAGUGCGCUACUAUUGCCAACGAUCGUGCACUUCUUUAAUAACUCCCUUGGUUCAUAGUCUGCACGUGUCUGUCAUCCAAAGUGGAUAUGGCUGCGAACCGGGUCGGGAGGAGAUGUAACAACAAGGUCCAUUCCCCGAGUAGGGGUCCAGGUAGGGACCCGGGGCUUAGCUUGCAGAAGAGGCAAGCACGGGUCACGGUAAAGUACAACAGAAAGGAGCUCCAAAGACGCUUGGAUGUGGAGAAGUGGAUUGACUGUAGUCUGGACGAGCUCUAUGUGGGCAGGGAGGAGGAGAUGCCGGAGGAGGUGAACAUCGACGAGCUGUUAGACCUGAAGAGUGACGAGGAGAGAACUCACAGGCUCCAGGAAAUGUUUCACACCUGCAAUAACACAGAGGUUUUCAUCAAGGAGCUGGUGUUGAAACUCCACGGUCUGCAGAAACAGGAGGACCUCCACAACGAUGGCAUCGAACAACCCCAGCUUCACAUCUUCCCCAACCGGCAAGAUUCUGCAGACCGAGAGGUGAUCUGAAGGCCCUGUUAUGUUACCCUUCAAACCCAGCACCCCAUUCCCCAGCCCGAUGUCAUGGACCUUACCUGAAAAACAUGCAUAACAUUGAGUCUUGCGGGUCUAUACACUUUGCGCUACACACUGUCAAAUACACAGAUCUGACCACUUAUCAGAAACAUUGCUGACACCUUAUCUUCUAUCCACACACACACACACACACACACACACACACACACACACACACACACACACACACACACACACACACACACACACACACACACACACACACACACACACACACACACACACACACACACACACACACACACACACACACACACACACACCACAAUGCACAGGCAGUCCCUGCAACAUUUGGACCUCUCCAAUGUCAUAUGAAUUAUGUUUUAUUUUUGUCAACUUAUAAAGUGUCCGAAUUGUGUGAAACAGGCUGCUUCUCUGUUGGGUCGCUACUGCUACUUGUGUUCUGUGUUCCUCGAAUUGUUCUGCUGUUCUCUCUUAUUUUCCAGUACAUUGCAUAAUGCUUUUAUUGGAAAGCCCAUGAAGGUGUCAACUGUUGGUCUGUGUCUUAUGUUGUGAGAUGCACCUCUAAUUCUGUUUAGCUCAUAAACCAUAGUCAGAGUCCAGCAAGAUACUGUAGGUACCAGUGUCAGUCUGAAGUUAAGAAGGACCACUAGGCUUUCAUAUACCCAAUGGGUUUGUCGAUUGUACCUAGCUACAAGCAGGCCUACCAUAUUUUCAAACUGUAUCCAGCAACAUGAGACAAUAGUUCAUGUGGUCAAGUGGAAGAACAAAUCUCUCUCUCUCUCUCUCUCUCUCUCUCUCUCUCUCUCUCUCUCUCUCUCUCUCUCUCUCUCUCUCUCUCUCUCUCUCUCUCUCUCUCUCUCUCUCAUAUAUAUAUAUAUAUAUAUAAGGGGAGAAAUAUUGUGUUGUGAUAUUCCCAGUGAGUUUAAUGACCAUAUACAUAAAGCUAGAAAGGAUAUUUUUCAUGAAGACCAAGCAGUAUUGCUUGGCAGGUUGUCAACUGUCACUCACAAAGUGCGUUUAGGCUAGCUAUUAAGGAAAAUGUAAGAUAACAUUUAAAGCUGUCAGCAAUACCAGGUCCUUUAUUUCUUACCCAAGUGUUUGUAUAUCUAUAGAUGGAAUGCUGAGGAUUUUUCAGUCAGCUAAAGGAUAGUACCCCAACUGCUUCACUAUUGCCCAUCAGGUACACAAUGUUUCGUUUUGCAUCAUUUUCAACACGGUUUGUAAAUGUGUAGAUCUCUGGCUGGUUGUAUUGCUUGUAUAUUGGUUUGAAUACAUUUUAAAUUCAGCUUUUCCAAGAGUAACUUUAAAUCUUUAGGAUUCAUACAGUAUAGUGUUUUCUAGAUUAGAGGCUGUAUUUACGUAUUACUGCAAGGUAGUGUUGGCCAAUGUGUUUAUUUAUUGAAUUGUUUUAUUUUUUUAGAUGUGAUGUAUGGAUAAACAGCGCCCUCUCCUGGCUAAAUGUACUGAGCAGUAAUUUACAACAACAUUACAUUUGACCAUGACAGUCUACUCUGCACACCUUUUGGAAACCGGGUGUUUAUUUAAUCCCAUAGGGGUCAACCCAUUUACCAUCACUGUAAAUAGAUUGCUAGAGUGUGACUGAGGGUAGACAGAUAGUAGCCUAUAUGAUGCUAAGUGAAGUGUCAGUGCAAUGAUACAUGUAAUAUCAGAGACGGGUCAGAUAUUUCAAGCAUCCAUAACUUUAUCACAGCAAUCCUACAGUAUGAACUCUAAAUCAAUCCAGUCCAAUACUAUCUAAUCUGACAGACAUGGUUCAUUGGAAUAGCCUGUAGAUGGCAGGAGAACACAAGUCAACGGUUCCUUUCUCAUUGUAUUAACGAGGAGACAGGACACCAUCGAGUCAGCUUCAGGAAUGUCUUUAGUAAGAUGAAACCAGAUAUGCUUAGAGAGCAUUAUGGGUACUGUAGUACAUCAUGCUACACCUCCUUUUAUCAUGCUACCGUCGUUAGCCUCAAUUUCACAAUUUACGGUGGAAUUUUGCAUUGCUCUAAAACGCUCUGUGUAUGUAUAUGCCUGUUUGUUGCUGAAGCUUGUUGGAUCCACCAGUCACAGACCAACCAGGCUCCUCGUCACCUUCACAGUUGUGUUGUGCGUGUGUGUGUGUGCUGUCAACACACCUUUGACUAUAUUUGUCGUGUAAACAUGACAAAUUCCACCUGGAAUUAAGGACUUCUGGUCUGUAAGGUGCAUAUUUAGAAAUGUCGUCAUGUGUCAUGUGUCAUGAUCAUGGAAUCAGAUGAACUUGUGAACUUUACCCCUUGACAGUCCAUGAUGGUUUGGUAUAAGUGUUGUUCCACAAAAUGAGUGCCUUUUGCAUCCCUUUGCUAUUUUAAGUAGAAAUUGUGCGGCAAUAUUGAAUUUUAAAAGCCGGUUAUAUGAAUAAAUGUGCCCUUUAAUAUAGACCACAUAGAUAAUUCAAUACAUCUGAUUUUAAAUACGAAUAAAGACUAACUAAAGUGCCAAAAUUCAACAUUUUGACACCCUCUGUGACUUCUAGGAACCCGCUUAAUCCCCACAUUUCUUUUAUGUUUUCACCAUCCUUGUAAAACCCUAGUUAUUUUGGUGCUUUGACAAAGUCAAUUCUGAAAAUUCUUAUUUAUUUAAUGUGAUUAGCGAUUCAUUUAUGACUGUCCCUCAUUUUAAAGUCAACCCUGUUAGGUGAACUGAACUCUCAUUUUAAUGUAGUGAAACUAUUCUUUUUCAAAUAUCUUUUCAAAAUAAACAUUGAAUAUCUAA